AUGACAUUCCCGGAAAACGGCCUCUUCCCGGCGGAAAUUUCGGGCGUGGAUACCAGAAAGCGCAAACGCCCUCCGACCAACCACAUUAGAGAGCGUAAGAAGCAGCGGGUCGUGAGCUCAAUUACAGACACCAUGGAAGUCAUCUACCGCGACCUCUUCGACCUGGUGAACUACACAGCGCCAGACCAUGGGACAGCUCCACCCCUCCGGCACCUCGAAGGACAGCCCCAAGAGGUCUCAAAUUCGUUCACGGCACUGACUGACCUCCUACUCGACGACCUGAGUGACUCCGCUCACAAAAACGUGGUGUCGGAAUUGGUAGGCGCUUAUUGGACCAGUGUUCACGCCUCGGGGUUCAACUUCCGGCCCGUUGGGGCAGAAGGUACCCCCACCAGAAGUGAUUCUGAAGCGGUGGUGAGCGGAAACCACGAGAGGGCGGGCAUGCUAAUGAGUCGCUUCAUGAAGACUACUGAUCCCAAAGUCCGCUACUACAGCGCAUUCGCCCUCGCGGUUGUCUGGUCUAGGUACUGGCGCCUGGCGCAAGAGUGCGGGUGGAAGACCGUCGCGGUGCUCCUCCACUCCCCGCGAUUCCGGGACUUUGCUCGCGCCGCUAACCUCACUCGUUGGCGGGAGCUCAUGAAACUUGUUAGAGCUAACGUUAUGAGUAUCCAGCUACUCGGCUCCUUCAACACCCACUGGUACGCAGCCCUCAGCGACGCGAUUCCGGAUACGGAUGAGGUCCUAACGGAGCUCGAGAGAAUCGACUAUGAAGGGCAUUAUCAUCACUGGAGAGUGCCGAAUGAUCCUAACUCUAGAGAGGCGGAGGAGCAUGAUAAGGCGUUCGAGGUUGGAGACCACACAAGGAUAGGACGUGAUGGGAAAGCCUUCGCAGUUGAUCCUAGGCUUAAGGAUGGGGCUUUUAACAUUGCGCAGCCGUGCGGAGCUUGCGGGAAGACGUCCGGGGAGUGUCGCUGUAACCUGGAGAAUUGGUCGCCGGCUAGGGUUGAGCUGAUCGGGACUAGUGGGAGAGGUACCGGAGUUCGAGCAUUGCAGGUAUACUUUUUUUCCUUACUAUUUCUCACUUCCCCCCCCCCCAAUCUGAUUGUGAUGCGGUAUGAUUCUGACUUAGAAGAUAGAGCUUCAAAGCCGGAGAAAUAAUUGGUGAGUACGUUGGAGAGUUGAUAUCUAAUGACCAGCCGGAAGAGGAGAACGACGUUUACGUCCUUUGGGGGCACAAAAAUAGCCCCGCGACGGACUGUUAUAGUACAACCUCUUACCAUUAUGGUAAUUCCCCCCCACCCUCAUCUUUUCGGGAAGUAAUUGCUGAUCUUGCUCUCAGGGAAUUGGACCCGCUUUGUCAACCACGCCUGUGAUCCGAAUUGCACCAUCGAUCAUGUUGCCCGCCGUGGCAAGAUUCUCUCUGUGUACCGCAUCACCAAAGAUAUUCCCAUGUUCGAGGAAAUAACCACAAACUACGGCAUCGGCUACUUCCUUGGCAGAGGGCUGAAGUGUCUCUGCGAUGCAGAAACCCAUCUUCACCCAGAUAUGUAGAGGAGUGUGUCACCAUAAGGAAAAAGAAGAAGGAUUGAGCUCAUUCAAACGAGAGAGUUGUAAAAUAAUAAUAAUAGAUAGGCGAGAUUCAGGACUGAAAUGCCAAGAAAAAAAAUAAAACCAAGAAAACGCUAGGAACAAGACAAGAGGGACCCGAGAGACUCG